CUGCAGGCCUUCAACGAGUACGGCAAGAUGCGCGAUGCGCUGAACAAGACGGGCCGGCCCAUCUACUUCUCGCUGUGCGGGUGGAACGCGUGGUACGCACCCGUUGGCUGGUCGCUCGGCAACUCGUGGCGCAUCCACGGCGACGUCAACACGUGGGGGUCCGCCUAUGCUGCCAUUCGCACCAACGAGCUCCUCUACAACUACAGCCGGCCCGGCGGCUGGAACGACCCCGACAUGCUGGUUGGUAGCUCGCCUGAGGCCGCUGCCCACAUGAGCCCGCAGCAAAGCCGCACCCAGUUCAGCCUCUGGUCGGUGAUGGCUGCUCCGCUUCUCAUUGGAUCAAACAUGCUCAACAUCUCGUCGUAUGACGUGGAGACGUACACGAACCGCGAAGUGAUUGCCAUUGACCAGGAUCCGCUCGGAUAUCAGGGCCGCCCCGUCUACAGCACGUGCCCGCCCCCGUCCCUCGACGACAUCAACAACCCCAACGCGAUCAUCCCGCCGUGCCAGCAGAUCUGGGCGAAGAAGAUGGCUGACGGCAGCGUGGCCGUGAACAUGAUCAACUACGCCCUGGCAAAGACCACAAUCACCUGCCACGCAGAUUGCAUCAAGGCCAUGGGCCUCUCCGGGAAGGUGUCUGUGCGGGAUGUGUGGCAGCACAAGGACAUGGGCACGUUCACCUCCUAUUCCGCUGCUGUUGGCGGCAACGGCAACUCUGCCACGCUCAUCUUCAAGCAGGCCUGAUGGUGGUGAUGUGAUGCUGCACAUGGCCGUGCUGACCUGCUGCUCCCCAUGCGCACUUGGCGUGGUUUGCUUGCAUGCACGUGCCCACGCGUGUAUGGUCGUUUGCUCAACAACCGCUGUCUUUUCUUCCAGCUUCCCUCUUCCACCGUCAUUGUGGUGGUAUCAUGCUUUCGUGUUUCCUUCCCACGUCCACCCGCCUUUCGUCUUUCAACUUCCCCUUCCACCAUGCUCCUCAACCCCGUUUUCCUUUGAGUGCUGAGCUAUGUUUUACUUACAGCGCGACGGCCAGUCAACGUGGCACACACUCAGGCGUACACACAGCGACGUGCA